AUGAAAUACGUUGUCGUUUCCGGUGGUGUUAUCUCUGGUAUUGGUAAGGGUGUUUUGGCUUCAUCUACUGGUCUGUUAUUAAAGACUCUUGGCUUGAGAGUUACCUCCAUUAAGAUUGAUCCGUACUUGAACAUCGAUGCGGGCACAAUGUCACCAUUAGAGCAUGGUGAGUGUUUUGUCCUUGAUGAUGGUGGUGAAGUUGAUUUAGAUUUGGGUAACUAUGAGAGAUACCUUGGUAUUUCAUUAACCAGAGAUCACAACAUCACUACUGGUAAAAUAUAUUCCCAUGUGAUUGAGAAGGAGAGAAAGGGCGAUUACCUAGGUAAAACCGUCCAAGUUGUUCCUCAUAUCACCAAUGCAAUUCAAGAUUGGAUUGAAAAAGUUUCUAGAAUUCCUGUUGACAAUUCUGGAAUUGAACCGGAUGUUUGUAUUAUCGAGUUAGGUGGUACUGUUGGUGAUAUUGAGUCGGCGCCAUUUGUUGAAGCCCUAAGACAGUUCCAAUUCAGAGUUGGUCAUGAGAACUUUGCGUUGAUUCACGUUUCAUUAGUUCCUGUUAUCCAUGGCGAACAAAAAACAAAGCCAACCCAAGCAGCCAUUAAGGAUUUGAGAAGUUUAGGUUUGUUGCCAGAUAUGAUUGGUUGUAGAUGUUCCACCGAAUUGGAUAUUCCAACUAUUGAGAAAAUCGCCAUGUUUUGUCAUGUUGGAGCAGAGCAAGUUUUAGCAAUCAGAGAUGUCAAUUCCACCUACCAUGUUCCAUUACUGUUGAAGGAACAAAAGAUGGUUGAUUUCUUAACGAGGAGAUUGAGAUUAGAUGAAUUAAAUAUCAGUGGAGAAAUGGCUCACAAGGGUGAAGAGUUAUUCAAUAAAUGGAGUUCCUUAACAACCAAGCACGACCAAUCUUUUGAAAAUGUUACAAUUGCAAUUGUUGGUAAAUACACCAAUCUACACGAUUCCUACCUUUCUGUGAUCAAAUCGUUGGAGCAUUCCGCAAUGAGAUGCGGUCGUAAAUUGGAGAUUGUUUGGGUGGAGAGUACCGAUUUAGAGCCAGAAACCGAAUCUGCGAACAAGUCCAACUUCCAUACUGCUUGGCAAUUAGUUUGUAAGGCCGAUGGUAUUCUAGUUCCGGGUGGGUUUGGAUCCAGAGGUAUCGAAGGUAUGAUUGCGGCAGCUAAAUGGGCCAGAGAAAACAAGGUUCCAUAUUUGGGUGUUUGUUUAGGUUUACAAAUUGCAGUUAUUGAAUUUGUCAGAAACGUCUUGGGUAAGAAGGAAGCCUCCUCCAUUGAAUUCGACCCUGAACUAACUGAAGAAAACCAAGCUGUUGUUUAUAUGCCAGAAAUUGACCGAGAAAGACUUGGUGGUACAAUGAGAUUAGGCCUAAGACCAACAGUUUUCCAGGAAGACAGUGAAAGUUCUAAAAUUAGAAAGUUGUACGGAGACUCAGCAGAAGUUUUCGAGAGACACAGACACAGAUACGAGGUUAAUCCUAAGUUGAUGGAAGAGAUUUCAAACAACGGUUUGAAGUUUGUCGGUAAGGACGAAGCUGGAGAGCGGUGUGAAAUUUUUGAACUUGAUGACCACCCAUUCUAUGUUGCUACUCAGUAUCAUCCAGAGUACAUUUCCAAGGUUUUGGAUCCAUCGAGACCAUUCCUUGGUUUAAUUGCAGCUGCAAGUGGUAAACUCGACGAAGUUUUAAGAAUGGACCUAAAGCAACGUUCCAAUGAUUUUUAA